AUGGAGCUUCCAACACGUAUAGUCCCAUUGAACGAAUUCAUCCCUUAUCUGGCAAAGCAGAGCCGCAAUGGUAUCCUGAACGGGGGUGCCCUCGACGCCUUCCAGACUUAUGAGUCCAAGCUUCGCGAGAUCUUUGCGCAAGAGCCGGACAGCGAGACCAUUGCUGACCCGCAUGUCAAUGUCGUUCCGAUCUAUGCCGGAUUCGAGGAGCAGCUCAAAGUGAAGCCUCGGAACUUGGAAAGUGAAUCUGCCAGGGAGAGCGAGAAGUAUCUCCUCCCCUUACAUCCCACAUUCCGCAAAGAGGAGGGGACCCUUGCUGCGGCACCGUCUCUCAGCGAGUUCAAAGAAAACUUCAGGUUAUUUUCUGAAUCUUCCCUUGUUGAUUUGGAUUGGAGCAAUGUCGUUGUUGCUGGAAGCGCCGUAACGACUUGUCUCUUGCCCCUUACUGAGGAGCAGAAAUCUUCCAGAAAGGCUCAAAGAGAAUUCUAUCAUGAAAAGAUAGCCCCGGCAUCGGAUGUUGAUUUAUUUAUUUACGGCCUGAACGAGGAGCAGGCCAUUGAAAAAAUUAAGCAAAUUGAGAAAUGUAUCAGAAACAGUGUCCUAGAAGAGACAACUGUUAUUCGAACCAAAAACGCUCUCACAAUUGCUUCAAGAUACCCCACGCGCCAUGUUCAAAUCGUGCUCCGCCUCUAUAAGAGCGUGUCGGAGAUCCUGACCGGUUUUGACGUGGAUUGCUCCUGCACGGCUUUUGAUGGCUCGCAGGUAUGGGCGAGUCCGCGGGCGCUGGCUUCAUUUGUCACCCAGACCAAUACUAUUGACCUUACGCGACGCUCCCCUUCAUAUGAAAACCGUCUCGCCAAGUACUCACAUCGUGGCUUCGAAGUCUACUGGUCGGGUCUCGAUCGUUCCAGAGUUGACCCCACAAUCUUCGAGCGAUCCUUUACCCAUGUAGUUGGCCUAGCGCGCCUCCUGGUAAUGGAGAAACUCCCAACAGCUGGUUCUAGGGAUCGCUAUGUUGAUCAGCGUCGUUCUGAACGUGGCAGGCCUCCGUCGACAAAGGAGAAGUUCUAUAACAACCCUCACGGGAAUUUUAAGGAACGCCAGCCGGAGGAUAUCGCAGAGUGGGUUGAAGAAGAAGAUGUGUCGAGUUAUCAUACUUUUACUAUCCCAUAUGGACCGAAAUACACUGCCAAAAAGGUAUUACUCCACUAUAUGAAUAUUGAGAGAUUGCUCUAUAAGAAGGACUUACUUCUUAAUGCUGAGUGGAAUAAAUCUAAAGAGCGCACCGUGGAUCUGCAUAGGCAUCCCGCAUUCUUCGGUGCGGUGCAAGACGUUAUUGAAGAUUGUUGCGGUUUCUGCCCGUCACCUGCCACGGAAGAGGAAAUUGAAAUUGCCGAAGAGGAAAGUCGGAGAUUUGUUUCUGGGAAGAUUCAGUUUAUGAAGGACGACCCUGGAAGACAAGCGAUCGGCAGCUUUAACCCUAUAACCGAUUCUGACUGGACUGAAAUGGCUUACAUCGGCGAUACUGCUCGCCUUUGUCAAGCUAUUGUGGACGGCGACCUUGAAUGUGUUAAGAAGUGUUGUGCUAGAGAAGAUUUCAACGUUGAUCAACGGGAUCACACUGGAAGAAUGCCUCUUCACUUGGCAGUCAUGUGCGGUACACCGGAAAUCGUGCAGUACCUUGUCGACCGGGGAGCGAAACUCGUUGCGCGAGUUGCUGGUGGGUUCACAGUACUUCAUAUGGCAGCCGCGCGUGGGAACCCGGAAAUUUUGAGAACUAUUCUCAGAAAAAGCGAGGCGAACAAAGCUGAACAUUCAGAGAAAACGGAAAAGCCACUGUCGCAGGGAAAAGGGCCUUCGUCUGGUUCGGGGGUUAGCGACGUUGAAUCUGGAGAUUCUGACGACGAUGACAUUUCAUUUGUGCAAAGUGUGAGCGAGGGACCUUAUGCUGCCACCCAAGGAUCGAUGGUCAUGGUCAAGAAAUCCGCCUCUGAGAUCCAAAACCCCCCCGAAGAGAACGAGGAUGAAGGAGAGGAGCCUAACUUUUAUGACAAUGUUGAUGUACUGUCGUGGGACAUGCCAAUAAGCCCUCUUCACUUGGCAUUGUUGAAUGGCUAUGCCGGCAUUGUCGACAUCCUCGCGACUGAGUUCGGUGCCAAUAUAGCCCAACCAAUUGUCUGGAGAAAGCCAUCUUAUCAACAUCACCAUGAUGUUACGCUUUCAAUGGCUUUAGUUGCCCACAACCCUCUUGAAAAGUCAAAGGAAGUUCUAAAAACACUUUUGGAGUUGGGUGCUUCUUCAACACAGGCCGAUAUGCACCAUGUCACAGCUCUUCACUCAAUUGUCAUGGAAGGGGAGAGCGCUUUGAUAGACACCCUCUUUGAAUUGGACGGACCUGCCGCCAAGUUGGCUAUCAAUCAUCCCGCGUUAGGCAUGUCAUACGGCGAUGAGCCAAGGCUGCCUUUAUCUACCGCUAUAAAGGACCGGAGCAUAUCGAUGAUCAAGAAACUACUCGAACAUGGAGCAAGCCUCUCGAUCUCGGGUGAACGCGUGCAAAGAUUCUGGGCACGUUGGGGGAAGAAUAACUCCGGCCCGGUAGAGAAUCAUCUUGCAGAGCCUAUUAUCAUUGCGGCCCGGUUUGCAAGUCCAGCCAUUAUCAAAGUACUUUUGGAUGCUGGUGCCGAUCCCAAUUCCUUGACACCAGAAGCUCACUCCGUGAUGAAUCAUAGUGGUCAACGCGCAGGUCAACACAGAGGCCAACAGAGAGACCAGAGUGUGCUCGAUAUUGUCAAAAUGAGAAUGAAGUAUCUGCGGGACGACCAGGCCGUAGUUGAACGCCAGUCGAACAGCCCUGAGCCUCCAGCUCUAAAGUCCGAUUCGGAGUAUCUCGAAGGGCUGCGUGAGGGUAGUUAUGAGUAUUGCUUCAUCCAAAAUGAGCUCGAAAUAGCUAAGGCGGCCGUACGGGCGAUGAAGAGUUCUCACGAGGAAUAUCUGAAGAAGCGAGCCAAAGAGGACGAAGAAAAAAAGCCGCGAGCUGAGUGGGUGGCCGCUGAACUCUCUGCUCUGGAAAAUAUUAAGGCGAUAUUAUUAGAGAAGGGUGCGAAAACUUUUCAAGAACUUUAUGCCAAUUUUAAGGGGACGGCCGAAAAUCAGGAGGUGAAAAACCAAGCGGCCCAGGCAAUUGAUGAAGCGGCGACUACUGAGAAUGAUUUUUCAAUCGCCCGGACUUUCCAUGAUAAUGAUCUCGGAAAAAUAAAGAGUGCUAGUUACAUGCAGCUGUUCGAGGCUGCCUGGGAAGGUGAUAUUAGGAAAGUGAAGGCUCUUACUCUAGGAUCCUGGGGCGCUGACCAUAAGAAGCCACCGCUCCAUGUUUCAGUGAGAGAUAGGCGAGGGGUAACCCCUUUCGUCAUUGCGGUUGCUCGAGGUCAUUAUGAACUGGCCAAAGUUAUCCUUGAAAUUGCCGACGCCCAAUAUGCUCCUAGAACAGAAGCACCAACCCGAAAGAGAUACGAAAUCGUUGUCGACGCUGGAGAAGAGAGUGGCAGUGAGUGUUGCUAUUCGGAAUCAGAAAGCGAGGAGGAAGACAAUCAUGGGGUUUCUGUUCGAUUUGAUCUCGUCGACGAACAGCACACCAUUGACGACGUUAGGGAGUUGGGAAAUAUUGUCAAAUCAUCAACUUCCCCAGCAGACAUGGUUAGGCACUAUAGUGAUUUACGCAUAUUCUUUGAUGCUGCUGAAAACAAACAUGUGUUUGAUGCACGUUUCAAAGGAACUAACAGCUACAUGUCCCCGUUUAUUUUUGGAGCCCACAAGCUAACGGCUAUGGGCACUUUGGAAAAUCUUUGUUCUCGAACUGAAUAUGCGCACUCAUCCGGCCUGUUCACCUAUGCUGUUCAAAAGAACAACUUGGUCGCGCUGAAAUUUAUUAUGGAACAACUUCAGAAGUAUCAAGGGCCUACGGACGAAGAUGCACCGCUCUUUCUUCCUGUUGCAAGUGGAGAAUUUGAGAGGCCAAUGGAAAAUGGCUACACGGAGAUUUUGGAGCAUAUUAUUUCACAAACAGGAGCCGAAUUUCCUCUCCAGGCGUUGAUAAAGAAAGCCGGCGUAAAACUUGAUUCAAAACCAAAGUAUUACCAAGGUCUCACGGUUUAUGGAAGCAAACGAGAGGACUGGGCAGCCGAGGAUGGCCGUCAUCGUUAUCGCCGGUUCGAGGCGGAAGAAAAUCUGCUUUUGCGUGCGGCCUUUACCACGAAUCUUGAGUCUAUUAAAUGGUUCCUGAGUGACAUCCCUGAACAAAAGUAUAAAGAAUUCGCAUCCAUGUACGCAGACGAUAAGCGUAUCAAAGCGUUUACGGAUGUCCCUGGCGGCUUUGAAGGAGCUUUGUCGUCAUGGCUAAAUGCUCGACGCGAUAUGGCGCUUCACUGCGCAGUGCUUGGUAACGCUACCAAGGAGACAGGCGUUGCUCAUGUCAAACUCAUUCUUGAGGCCAUUCCAACCUCUUUAAAUGCUAAGAAUAAGACAGGCAUGACAGCAUUGCAGGUUGCCUUUAUAAAACGAAGGGUAAUGGCUGCCAAAACCAUUGUGGAAGCUGGGGCAGAUCAAACAGUCCGUGAUGAGACAGGCCGCAAUUUACUCCACACAAUCCUUACCCCUUCCAUGGGAGAGGGUGUCAUUAAGUCCCCCAACUUGUUUAGGGCUCUUUCCGGACUUCUGGACAAAGAAGUGCUUCGUUCAUUGGCAACACAGAGAUCGCACGUAGGGCGAGGAACUCAUCAGUAUAACUCCUGGAGUAUGCUGACUCCACUGGCAGAAUGGCUAGCCACAGCUCAGAACCCACACCCGGAUAUGCUUCGGACAAUUUUGGAAAUUACUGGUGGACAGGAACUUUACGUUCUCGACGGUGAAGGGAACUAUCCAAUCCAUCAAGUCGUUCGGAAGAACUUCAUCGAUUUGGCGCGUGUCAUGCUCGAGAGGGAUCCAAGCCUUGCCCUCCUCGAAAAUGCAACGGGCAUAACCCCCUUGGAACUGGUCGAAAAUAAAAUUUUCGAUGCUGUUCUCUCAUGGUUGAGGAACAGUCCACGGAGGGUCCAUUGUAGGAUGAAUGAUGUUGAUUGGAGGGGAAAUCCUGUGGUAUACGAGCCACUCAAUGUGCAGCAUACGUUUGGUUCACGCACUCAGAAAAUAACUGAUCCUAAUGAGUUAUACAAAAAGGAUGGUAUGGAUACACCUCGCUUCUGGCCGACUGAUCGUGUUGAAGGCAAACUGUACCAUUUGCUUCACGAGACGGCGUCGAGGAAUGGAAUCAAAAGGAGAUUGGCUAGCCUACGGGAUGCUAACCAGCUUGUUAAGCGAUUGGAGGCAAGGAAGAACCUCCAACAGAAUGGGCAGGAGAACAACGCUAGUGAGCGUGAUGAGGUUUCUCACUUUAUGUCCCGUAGUCAGCUCCAGAUGUGGGAACUUGACGAGAUUUUGGAGAAGGUGAAAGAUGAUGCAGAUGAAAGCGAAUUUUAGUCUGGUCUUGAAAAGGCUGGAAGAGAAUAAAGCUCAAUUUGUAGCUAGUAUGUAGAUGGCAAGGUGGCGAAUUUAUGUGAUAGUCUUCCCACGGUGUUGGGGUAUGUAA